UCUUCUCCCUUUCCGUCUCUCUCAUUCGUGGUCUGCCUUCACAUCAAUACCAGCUGCUGAUACAUAAUCGGCAACCCGCCGCCGAAGAUACCGGCGACUCCACGGCCACUGCCUUAGUCGUCAACGGACUUCACGCUUCUAUCCUCCGAUCAGUUACUGCGUUUAUCCAUUCGGUAAAGGAAGAUUCCAAAGCGCUAGAACAGUUCAGUUUGAAGCAAAUUGAUUUUAAAGACCUAAACAUUCAGGAACUGGUGCAAUAUUGUUUACAAAGCAACAUGAGUGACGGUAUUUUUGAUGCCCAGAUUUUGUCAGAGAAGCUAUCUAAACUUAACAGUUCACAGCAAAGUAUAGAAUCGGUAUCGAGUUGGUGCAUCACUUACCGAAAGAAGGCUAAAGAGAUAGUUGAAAUAUGGGACUCAUCAUUUAACUCUGCUAAAAAAGAACGUGUAGCUUUUCUUUACUUGGCAAAUGAUAUAUUGCAAAAUAGUAGGCGGAAGGGCAGUGAGUAUGUGAAUGAAUUCUGGAAGGUGCUUCCUGGAGCCCUCAAUAACGUUUUUCAGAGCGCUGAUGAUCAUGGAAAGAAAGCAGCUACAAGAUUGAUGGACAUAUGGGAAGAUAGGAAAGUAUUUGGAUCUCGAGCUCAAAAUCUUAAAGAUGAAUUACUCGAUAAGGAUCCUCUAGCAAAAAUAAACAACGGGAAGAGCUCGAAUCCCAUCAAAACAGUUAAAAGGGAGGGACACUCUCUAAGAUUUAAAUUACCUGUUGGAGGUACACCCGAAAAAAUAGUAACUGCAUUUCAAUCCAUACAUGAUGAUGCUGAAGAAGAUGCUCUAGAGAACUGCAAAGCUGCUGUUAGUUGUUUGGAAAAGAUUGAGAUACUUGAGGGUUUUGCUUCUGCCGAAGAUCAGAUGUAUGCACAAGAAAAUAUCCUUCAAGAAUGCAUGAAGCAACUUCAUAGUGCUGAAGCAAAUAGGUCUUCCUUGGUUUCCAUUCUUAAAGCUGUUCUCACGGAGCAGGAAUCAAAGGUAGAAACUAUUCAAUCACAUUUGCAAGUUGCCCAAGGUCUAAUCGAGCAAAUGAACCAUACAAGGAAAAGGCAUUCGAGCUUGACUACUACUACUACUACCCCACUCUCCACAGUGCUCGAAACCGCCACAUCAUCAAUAAUAGAAUCCAAAAUCCCGUCUCUAAAAACAACAAACAGUUCGCCUUCCUUGGAACAAAAAACAAGCGAAGAUGAAAACAAUAAUAAAUCUGCAGCAGCCAUGCUUGCUGCCAAACUAACCGCCUCCACAUCCUCCAUGCAGAUGCUUUCAUCUGUUCUCUCUUCCCUUGCAGCCGAUGGCGCUUCAAUGACCCGUCUUAUGACAUCAUCAUCGUCAUCAUCUCCACCGUUCAUUUCUCCUCCCCCAGAAAAACGGUCUAAGCUCGAAACAACAACUACAUUUGUUCCUCCAAUGAUGCCUUAUCAGUUCAAUAACGGACUUCCACCACCGCCACAUCACCUUCCGCCACAUAUUCCGAUGGGGAUGGCCAGGCCAGGUCCGCCAGCUCAGCCGGCUACUAAUAAUACUGGAGGAGGGUAUUAUCAUCAUCAUCAUCAGGCGGGGGUAGGAAUGUAUGGGCAGAGUCAUCAACCGCCAUCAUCAUCAUCAACUCCGCAAGUGAAUAGACAGUGAUGACUCUCGAGAACUUUGCGCCUGGACAUGUAAAUUAAUUAGGGCGAAAACGGUUUAUCGGUCUCUGUUUGUUGUUUUUUUUAGCAGUUUGAAUUGAAUUGAAAACAUGAAAACUUAAUAUGCAACCUACCUUACCUUUGAUAAGAUUUAGUUAGGCUAUUUUACUGUAUAAUGAUCAGUAGCUAUAGCUUAACUUAGGAGAGUACAAAUUGGAAUGUAACAUUAGAAUUGUAUUUUUCUUUUUCUUUUUUUGGCAUUUAUGCAGGAAUUGCUUUU